UCUUCACACCCCUUUUCUAACAUGUAAUGUCGUGCGUAACACCACACGCACUGCACUGAGGAGGCGUCAUGGUGUAUGCGCCCAGCCCAGGGAGGUUACUGUGUUGGCUGCAGGGACUCCCUCCUCUCACACCGCGCUCCUCCACACAGGAUACCUUGGGCUGAGAGAUUCACAGAGGCAGCCAGGUCAAACGACCGCACCGGCACGGCUGCAACAUGCGCUCGCCAAUGCGUGCUGCGUUUCAGCCCCCCAGCGCACCUGGCACGUCGCUCGGCACAGUUUUAACGCGCUCGUUUCUCUCUUCCCGUCUGUUUUGCUCUUCACAUCAGGCUGGCACUCGAGCUGGUCAAUGGGGGCAAUACGGUGAGUUGCUGAUGACUGCGCCAGUCCCCGCGCAAGGAGCAAUGGGUUAUAGUUUUACAUGAAGAGACAAAUGGAGAACCCAGCCAAGUACCUCUCAUCGGUGCAGGACAUGGAGUCUGCGCCGGCACCCCUAGGAGAGAUUAUGUGGAACAGCACCGAAACGGAGGUGACAAGCGACGGGGGGAAGGAUAUGGUAGUGCGCACAGUGACGGGCUGUCUGCUGUCCCUGCUCAUCUUAUGGACUUUGCUGGGGAACAUCCUGGUCUGCUCCGCGGUGCUGCGGUUUCGGCACCUACGAACCAAAGUGACCAAUAUUUUCAUCGUCUCCCUGGCUCUGUCGGAUUUAUUCGUGGCCGUCCUGGUGAUGCCGUGGAAAGCUGUGGCGGAGGUGGCGGGUUACUGGCCGUUUGGCACUUUCUGUAAUGUCUGGGUCGCUUUUGACAUAAUGUGCUCCACCGCCUCCAUCCUCAACCUCUGCAUCAUCAGCGUGGAUAGAUACUGGGCCAUCUCGAGCCCCUUUCGCUACGAGAGGAAAAUGACCCAGAGAGUUGCCUUUGUUAUGAUUAGCAUCACUUGGACGUUGUCUGUGCUCAUUUCAUUCAUACCAGUCCAGCUAAACUGGCACAAAGCCACGGGUGACGACAUGGCUGGGACGCACAACUCUUCCACGAGUCGGCAGAUGGAGGAAAACUGCGACUCCAGUUUGAGCAGAGAGUACGCUAUAUCGUCAUCUCUAAUAAGUUUCUACAUUCCCGUGGCAAUUAUGAUUGUGACUUACACAAGAAUAUACAGGAUAGCACAAAUUCAAAUCAGGAGAAUAGCCUCCUUGGAAAGAGCGGCAGAACACGCGCAAAGUUGCAGGACCAACAGAAUAGAGUGCCAACACCACAACACUUUGAAAACGUCGAUUAAACGAGAAACCAAAGUGUUCAAAACUCUGUCGGUGAUUAUGGGUGUGUUUGUGUGUUGCUGGUUACCUUUCUUCGUUCUAAACUGCAUGGUCCCGUUCUGCGACAGACCUGCGACGGACCGAGACGCGGGUCUGCCGUGCGUCAGCGAAACGACUUUUAACGUCUUCGUGUGGUUCGGGUGGACCAACUCUUCCCUGAACCCUAUCAUUUACGCCUUCAACGCAGAGUUCAGGAAGGCCUUUGCCAGUCUUUUGGGCUGCCGCUAUUUCUGCUCCAACACACCAGUGGAAACUGUGAACAUCAGCAACGAGCUGGUCUCAUAUAACCAAGAUACCCUCAUCCAUAAGGAAAUCGCGAACGCCUAUGUCAACAUGAUCCCAAAUGUGGUUGAAUGUAUUGAGCACGAAGAAACGUUUGACAGGAUUUCACAGUUUUCACACAAUAAUGAAAACGCCACCGACUCAGUUUGUGACUUGGAAGACUGCGAGGCAGAUAUAAGUCUUGAUAGGAUGUCACCAUUCACUCCCAAUGGAUUACACUGACUCCAACUUGUGUCUCCCCCCUCCCCGUGCGUAUUUGGAUGUAUUGAUAAUAAUGUCAUCGUUAAUUCAGUCCCUUCCAAAGCUCCUCGCCACUGGAGCUCACAGGAUAGGGUCACCUAUACUGAACAGCACCCUUUGCACUGUUGACAGAUCCAGUGGCGUGCUUGCAGUGAUGGACAUAACACAGAGAACAAACCUCUGUAAACCACCAGGCCACCGCUUCAUACGCGUCAUACAGUAUAUAAGAUGUAAUGUUGUUGUCCUGUUCUGAAAAAUAAUAAUGUGUAGGUGUUUAUUUACAUGACAAGUGACGUUUGUGUUCAUUUGUUCAAAGGUUAAGUGUAGAUGUUGUUUACUUGAAGGCAUUACUUGGAGCAUCCGAGUGUUAUGUCCAUCCACUUGGAGGCAAAAAUGUAAAAGACUCCCAGAGGAUUCAUAAUGGAAAACUAUUCGCUGCUUAAUAACCUCAUGUGUAUCGAGUGCCCGCCUUUUAACUGAGUAGAAGUACUGAGGGCAGCCUUACAGACAGUGGAACCACGACAGUUUUACUCAAAUGCAGUAAUUCCAACGCCUUAUAGCUUAUUCAAAGAAGAGUGCACAAUUGUGUUGAGACAUGGAAGGAAUGUGUUGUAUGAUAAUUAAGUUACAUGAUGCCAAAAUGCAGUAUUAAAGUGUUUACCCAACGCACCCCUCCCCUGUGACUCUUCUAGCACACCUGCUCUGCAUCACAUGUACUCGUCUGCAGUUUGAUCCAGGCUCAGAUGGCCCAAGGCUCUGAUGGGACAAAACAUAAAAAAAAGAAAAAAACACAAAAUCCCUUGUUAAAUUAAAUGUACAUUAAAUAUCAACCAAUUCAAACCAGCAUCAGUGAUUAAAUCGAAAUCAGCAAGAGUCAUUUUACUAACAGUUGCUACAAUCUGCUAUCUUUCAUUUCUCAUUGAGGCCAAAACUAUUGAAAAGUUUCAGCACUUUGGUCAUCUCUGUUGUUUUUAAAUGUGCUUUAUAAAUAAAUUUGGAUAAGAUCGGAUUGGGUUGCUUUGUUUAUUAAGAGUCUGAAUUAACAAAAGAAGACACUGAAUCAUAUUGAAGUGUUAGUUUGAAUAGUGUCCUGAAUGACCAAAGAGCUCAAGAAGUGAAUCAGUAACUCAGACACAAUAAGGCUACAGCUGUUUGUCAGCUACAGAAAGUGUUGCUAUAGAAAGCUCGCACGUGAGGCCACUGGGCCAGUACAACUGGAUGUCAUAUGUCAGCUUUCCCACACCUCUCUAUCUUUGUACUGUACAGGUGACCUGAUUUGAAUGUAUACUGCUGUCCUUUUAACAGUGAUGUGUGUCAUCAUUUGUCUAAUAAAAUGCUACCAUGCUGAGAGGAA